UCUCUCUCUCUUCCUUAUCUUUCAUUUCUUCAUUUCACUUACAGAGUACUGUCUUAAGUCUAAAUUUUCUUAGAACCCAACCAACCAACUAUAUUUUUGAAAUCUGGUUCAAAAGAACUUGUCAUAGAUCCUCAAAGGUAGCCUAUCCAUUUGUACUCCAUUGUACUCAGUUACUUCCAUAUUAUUUUUAUCAAUUCCAUCCUUUGCAAAAAAAAAUGGCUGAGGCCUUGGUGGGAGGAGCUUUUCUUUCUGCUUUUCUCCAGGUUUUUUUUGACAGGAUGGCUUCUCGUGAGGUACUAGACUUCUUCCGCCGACGGAAGCUUAAUCCUGAAUCUCUGAGGAAGUUGAGAACAACUUUACUGUAUAUCAAUGCAGUGCUCAAUGACGCUGAAGAGAAGCAAAUAAAAAACCCAGCUGUCAAAAAGUGGGUUAACGAGCUACAAGAUACUGCCUAUCAAGCUCAGGACUUACUGGAUGUGAUUACUACUGAUGCCUCGCGCUACAAGCUGGAAACCGAACUGGAAAUGUGCAAAAGUAAGGUACGAAGCUUCAACUUGACUUCUCUUAGUUCUUAUAAUCGGAGAAUUGAACCAAAGUUAGAAGAGAUUCUAGGCAGACUAGAAUCUCUUGCAAAGGAAAGAGACAUCCUUGGUCUGAAAGAAGGUGGUGGUGAGAAACCGUCACGAAAGUGGCAAACAACGUCUUUGGUAGAAGAAUCCAGUGUAUACGGUAGGGAUGAUGACAAGUUCUCCAUAAUCAAGUUGUUGCAGGCAAACGAUGGCAGUGGUGAUAACAUUAGUGUGAUUCCCAUAGUGGGCAUGGGUGGUGUAGGCAAGACCACCCUUGCUCAGCUUGUAUACAACAGCGAGUUGUUGAUGGGUCUUUUUGAUGUCAAAGCAUGGGUUUGUGUUUCACAAGAAUAUGAUGUACUAAGGAUAACGAAAAGUAUUCUUCAGGCAGUCACUCCCUCAACUAGUGAUAGUGACAACCUAGAUCUACUCCAAGUUGGGUUGAAGAACAGUCUUAUAGGAAGGAAAUUUCUGAUUGUGCUGGAUGAUGUAUGGAGUGAUAAUUACGCAGAUUGGGAAGCCAUUCUGAUUGUUUUGAAAUCAGGGGCAUAUGGGAGUAGGAUUAUUGUAACAACACGUCGCAGAAGUGUUGCAUUAACUGUACGCACAGGCACAGUUCCAACUUUUCAUUUAAUGCCAUUGUCAGAUGAAGAUUGCUGGUUGUUAUUUGCAAAAGUUGCAUUUGCCAACAUAGAUACUCAAGAAUAUCCAGAGCUGGAACUAAUUGGUAAGAAAGUGGUGAAAAAGUGUAAUGGCUUGCCUUUAGCAGCAAAAACUCUUGGCGGUCUCUUGCGGGUGAAGUUGGAUCCUAAGGAAUGGGUUAAAAUAUUGGAGAGCAAUAUAUGGAAUUUCUCAGACAGUGAAAGCGGUAUUCUCCCAGCUCUUAGAAUGAGUUACUAUUAUCUACCUUCAUAUCUAAAACCGUGCUUUGCUUAUUUCUCAAUCUUCCCUAAAAACUUCAAAUUUAAAAAGGAGCAGUUGGUGCUCUUAUGGAUGGAGGAAGAUUUUUUGCUGUCCACUAAAACAGAGAAUUUGGAAGAAGUAGGUAGUGGGUAUUUCGAUGAGCUAGUAUCUAGGUCAUUCCUCCAACAAUUAGGUGGUAGAAAUAUACGCUAUGUAAUGCAUGACCUGUUGCAUGAUUUAGCAAAAUAUGUCUCUGGGGAGUUUUGUUUUAGAAUGGAGGGUAACAAUUCAGAUGGCUUGUCGGAAAAGACUCGUUAUUUUUCAUAUUCUAGAAGAAAGUGUGAUGCCUAUGAGAGAUUUGAAGCCUUACAUAAAGCCAAGGGUUUGCGAACCUUUCUACAGUCAUCAAAUGUGUUAGCGGCUCAUGGAUACUUAAAUAAUAAUGUUAUACCCAACUUACUGCCAGCACUAAGAAGCUUAAGGGUACUAUCUCUAUUUUCCUACUGUAAUUUGACAGAAUUGCCCGACAUGAUUUCCACUUUGAAACAUUUGCGAUAUUUGGACCUUUCUCACACUGCAAUUUAAGUAUUACCUGAAUCUGUCUGUACUCUAUACAAUUUGCAAACUCUGUUGUUGUCAUAUUGUCGUUCUCUCAUUGAGUUGCCUGCCAACAUGGGAUGUCUAAUCAACAUGCGUCAUCUUGAUAUAAGCGGAACAAACUUGAUAAAAAUGCCACUGCAAAUGGGAAGAUUGAAAAGUCUCCAAACUUUGUCUGCUUUUAUUCUGGGCAAAAAUGGCGGCUCAGGAAUCAAUGAGCUGAGGGAUCUUCGGCAACUUAAGGGAAGCCUUUCUAUUUUGAAGUUGGAAAACGUUGUCAAUGCUAGAGACGCUUUGGAGGCCAAUUUGAGGGAUAAGUUACAACUUGAAGAAUUAGUGUUGAAAUGGGGUGGACAUACGAAUGACUCCAAAAAAGAUAGAGAAGUACUAGACCAACUGCAACCUCAUGCAUAUCUAAAAAGGCUUACAAUUGAAAAUUAUGGUGGCACAACAUUUUCAGAUUGGUUAGGACAUGCUUCCUACAAAAUUGAAUAUGUAAACCUACAUAAUUGUAAAUAUUGCAUCUUCUUGCCACCAUUUGGGAAACUGCCCAAUCUCAAGUACCUCUCUAUUGUGGGAUUAAAUGUAGAGACUAUUGGUACAGAUUUUUAUGGGACUGCUGCUUUUGGGAUAAAGCCUUUUGGAUCGCUAGAAACUUUGAUCUUCAAGAACAUGUUGCAAUUGGAGGAAUGGCUUCCUUUCACAGAUGUGAACGGAGGUGCGGUAGCUUUCCCUUGUCUCCAACAGCUUUUUAUACAAAACUGUCCUAAACUGACCAAGGGUCUUCCCGAUGGCCUUUUUUCUUUAAAAGUACUGGUGAUUGAUAAGUGUCAGCUGCUUGUGGCUUCAGUUCCAAGUGCUCCAGCCAUACGUGAAUUGAAGUUGCAAUAUUGUCAUAAGGUGUUGUUGAAUGAAUUACCAUCUCUAGCAUUGAAGCUUAGAAUUAGUGGUUAUGAUGCCUUGGAGUCCUUCCAUAUGGACAACAACCAUUGUCUUCAAGAGUUGGAUAUCUCUGAUUGCCCAUCUCUCAUGUUGCUUCCUAGUUGUGGUACAUCUGAUACACUAAAAUCACUGAGUGUUAAGAACUGUGAGAAAUUACUGUUUCCAAUGCACCAAUGCUAUGCAUCGCUUGAGAGUUUGCACAUAAGAUGUAGUUGUAAUUCUCUCGUGUCCUUUCAAUUAGACUUAUUUCCAAAGCUCAAUCAUCUUGAUAUCCAUGGAUGUCUGAAUCUUCAGUCCCUUCAGUUCCAAAUCAUGGACCACUUCAGCAUCUUGCAUCUGUCAGACGCUUGGAAAUUAGUAACUGUCCUAAUUUUGUAUCCUUUCCCGAAGAGGGACUGCCUGCCCCCAGCUUGACCUGGUUUCGUGUUGAUAGCUGUAACAAUUUGAAGGCGCUACCUGAACAGAUGCACACCCUGCUCCCAUCUCUUGUUACUUUAAGCUUACAGAAUUGUCCAGAACUUGAGUCGUUUCCAGAAGGGGGUUUGCCAUCCAGUUUAAAAUCACUUGAAAUCUGUUAUUGUGACAAACUCAUUCCCAGCCGCAUGGGGUGGGGUUUACAGGGACUACCCUCUCUUGGAAGCUUCUCUAUCAAGGGUAAAUGUGAAAAUCUGGAGUCCUUUCCGGAUAGGGGGCUGCUGCCAUCUUCUCUUAUAUCCCUUGAUAUCUGGGAUCUUCAGCAUUUGAAAUCUCUGAAUGGUGAUGAGCUUCAGCAUCUUACUGAACUUAAAUAUUUGCGUAUUGGCUACUGCCCAGUUUUCCAGUCCAUGCCAGAAGGGGGUUUGCCAACUUCUUUAACUUCUCUGAAAGUCAAGAAAUGUCCGAUGCUGAAAGAACGGUGCCAAAGUGAGAAUGGAGAAGACUGGCAAAAGAUAAAGCAUAUACCAGUCAUAGAACUUGACAAUGAAGUGAUCUCACGAAGUUAAAGUCUUUGGGAGCCUCAGCUCCUCAUCUAAUUGAACUUCUGCUCAUGUACUCAUUUUGCGCAUCAUAUCAUACUUGCUGCCAGUGAUCCUUGCAUAAACAGUAGCAGCAAUGCUAGCACUUUGUCAGUUCAGAAGGCAUGGGGGAUCAUUGCAUACUGGUGGAAGCCACGCUCGAACUUUGCCUAUUUCAUUUUUCAACUACAUUUCUUGUCAAUCCUUCGCAGGAUACUACAUAUAUCCUCUUUACAGGUUUGCAUACAACAAGUAACAGGCUGAGCUUUGGACUUAACAUCAGACAAAGGCUCUAGCUAUGUGAAGAGCAGUUGGAAUAUUUUGGAAAUUAAUGUUGAAUGAACGACCUCAGGCUGCACAAAGUUAUGGUUACGGAAUGCCAUCUCUCAAAUUCCUGAUUGUUAAAUUGAAGAAAGAAAAUGCUUACACCUUUAUUCCUCCAACUACUUCAGGCAGAAUUUGCAGUUCUGGAAAGCUUUCAAUGCAAGGAUUGUUCAGUAGAUUUGUGCUCUUGGUACUUGGUGUUUAACAUUGCAAAAUAAUAAGGAGAGAAAUUAUUGUUGGGAUCUGAGAAAGAGAGAGUUGAAGUGAGGAGAAAGAGAAGAGAAUCCAGCCUCAACACCUAGGGCUACAUCUUUUAUGCAUGCUCAAUUGUAUUUGUCUCUGGUUUGAUCAUCUAUUUGGAGUGCAACUAAACCAACUCAUGUCAUGAACAAUUCUUGUACCAAUAUUUAACCAGGUUUCAUGGUAUCAAACAUUUUUUUUUUCUUUGUGAAGGUUAUAUAAUAAAUUUAUCUUUCUUCAUAAUUUUGAAAGGAUUGAAGUUUGAAAUCUAAUUAUGGUUAUCAGUUGAGACUUGCAAUAGCCAAUAGGCAUGAAGGGGAAGCAAGCGACAGAUUAAUAGGUAGUCAAGGGUAACACAACAAGAAGAUCAAUAAGGAAUGCGAAGCUCAUGUUGAUCUUUUUCCAGCAGCAUCGGAUUGAAAAUCUAGCACUGAAAGUUACAUACAUCAGAUGUUAAUGUUGGACGAUAUCUGAACAUUACUAUCCUGUUUUGAUUCUCAAUCAUAUUCAGAUAUGGAAUUGGUGGACUCAUUGUGUUGAGCACAAAAAUAUUGCUAGAAAUCCAUGCCUACCAAGAGUAAAAAAGGUUGGCUGACCAAAGGUUUUUUGUGGCAGUCUAGCAAGAGCCAGGGAAAAUUAGAGACCUUUGGGGCUUCUUGAGGUGCUCCUUUCUACUGCAAAACUUUCUUUGCUACUAUUCUUGUUACUGGCAUACCAGGAACAUUAAUGAUAUUUGAUUCCAUCCUCCUGAAAACUAUACUAUUUUUUUUGCCUCUGGGAAGUGCUAUAGUAGGAUUCACUUCCGUUUAAAUGUAAUAUAUUGUAAAACCCUAUAUAGGCCUCUGUCGUAAUGUUAAGAAUAUGAUGUUUCUUUACUCAGUCAAAGUUUCUAAACAAAGAAAGUUUCCUUC